UAUAUCCGGCCGAAGAGGGACGAUGCGAUCGAUUGGUGGGCUGCAUAUCAGAUUGGGCAGAGGGUUUGUCCUGAGUUCAUUGUAAAGGAUACCACUGGGGCUUGUAGGGUGCUUACCAUUGGCGACGGUGCCAUCAAGCUUGCUCAUACCCAUAGUCCGAAGGCCGGCCAAGGCAUGAAUGUGUCAAUGAUGGACUCAUACAACCUGGCAUGGAAGCUCGCUUAUCACGUCAACGGACUCACUCCGUCUACAUCCGGGAAUGCGCUACUCGACACAUACAAUAUCGAACGCCACGCCAACGCCCAGCAACUGAUCGACUUCGACGGAAAGUUCUCCACCGGCUUUUCAGAUAAAGUGGGCACGGCUGAUUCCAAGUCCGGAAUCUCUCACGCCGAAUUUGUCGACAUGUUCAGCACCGGCUGUGAGUUUACCAGCGGCUGCGGCGUCGAGUACGUGGAAAACCUGGCCGUCGACCGGACACCUUCGCCUGGCACCGCGAAGCCCGUCGUCAGCGGCCAUGACUACCUGUCUGGGAUUCUCCGGCCUGGGCACCGCUUACUCAAUGUCAAGAUGAAGCGAUUCGCUGAUGGAGCGCACCGGGAUAUCCAUGACGAUUUAGCAUCUACCGAGCGCUUCCGCAUCCUGUCACUCCUCUCCGUCGACCUGCUUGACCCGGACGGCGUAUCCGCAACUGCGCUGAAGGGCGUGGCGGGUUUGGUACAGCAGUUCCCCCCGUUGCUGCUUGAGCAGAUUGUCGUGUAUCCGGAGUUGCCGAGCAUCGUAUCCUGGGCUAAUAAGCCGUCGUUUGUGAAGGAGCACGCGGAGAUGGCAUUCUAUAGUGGCUAUGAGGUGGCUGAUGCGUAUGGGAUCUACGGCGUUGAUCCUGCCCAGGGUGCCCUCUUGGUUGUGCGGCCGGAUGGGUAUGUGGGCAUGGUUGCGCCGUUGGGCGAGGUUGCUCGGGUUGGUGAGUAUCUGGGUGGGAUUAUGGCGCGCGUGGCUUAG